UGGCUCAGGGCCCUGCGCUCGUCUGACACAUCCUGGUCGGGGGGCGCCGCCGAUAGUCAGCACGUUGAUCACACACACACACUCUUUACACUCUGCCUGCCCGAUCUUUCCAUCGAGGGCGUGGCCGAUGCUGUCCCCGCUCCGCAAGGGCUCCCACGAGGGCGCGAAGUUCGUCGCGCUUCGCGCUUCGCGGCCCUCGUUCCUUCUGCCCCUCCUCCUCGUCCUCCUCUUCUCCCUUUGGGGGGGCGGCACGAGAGCGCGAAGUUAUUCGCGCUUCGCGCAGCGCGAAGCGCGAAGCGCCGAGUUGGGAGCCCUUGGCUCCGCCGGGUGGCGCUGGGCGCGUGGGCUCUCUGCGUGCUGCCUCUCGACCUUCCCGCGCGCGGCGACGCCGCGAAGGUGGCGACGUCGGUGCAGCUGCACAAGAGGACAAUCAAGGAGGCCAUCAAGGAGACCAUCGAGGAGGUGGACAGUGACCGGGGCUACGGCCAUUUCAAGGGCCACUUCAAAGAUCAUUUCUUGACUGGCGCCCGCGUCGACCUCCGAGGGCAUGCUCGCACAAGGGUUAUGCACAAGGCAGCUUAUUUCGGCACCGUCGAGAUCGGCACCCCCAAGCAGUCGUUCCAGGUCGUUUUUGAUUCUGGCAGCGGAAACGUCGUGGUACCAGCAAGUGACUGCAAAAGCGAGGCGUGCUUAAUUCAUAGCCGCUACAACCUGGCAGCAUCACCUGGCGCACGCCGUAUCUCCUGCAGGGAAGACAGGCAGGAGGCCAAUCUGACCACCACUUUCGGCACUGGGCAGAUCUGGGGCAAUUGCUUCGAGGAUCAGGUCUGCCUCGGCACCGUUUGCUACCCUGGAUCCUUCAUUGCCAUGACCUCCGAGACCAAGAUGCCGUUCGUUGUAUUCAGCUUCGACGGGGUAUUGGGGUUGUCCCUGCCAGACACGUCGCAGGGCCUGCACUUCAACACGAUUGAGAGGCUAAAGGCGACCGAGAGGCUCCAUCAGACACUAUUCUCUGUCUUCCUGUCUAACUCCGACGCAGACGUGGAGGCAUCCGAGAUUACGUUUGGUAGCGUCAAGACAAGCCACAUGUCGUCGGACCUGCACUGGGUGCCCGUCUCUCGCGACACUGGUUAUUGGGAGGUAAGGGUCACAGACAUCACCAUCAACAACCACCCACAGGAUCUGUGCACCGACUGCUACGUUGCCGUGGACACAGGUUCAUCAUGCCUGGCUGGGCCAGGCGGCUUGAUGCAAAAGCUGGUCACCAGGCUGGACGUCAAAGACGACUGUUCGAAUUUUCAUGAGCUGCCGAACCUCGGAUUCCUCAUCGGCGGGCAGAUCCUGAACCUCGAGCCGAACGACUACGUCGACAAAGUGCCGGAAAGCUGCCAGGUCUCGCUGAUGACCGUCGACAUACCGCCGCCCAAGGGCCCGCUCUUCAUCUUCGGGAUCCCCUUCCUGCAGAAGUUUUACACCGUCUACGACGGCGUGAACAAGCAGGUGGGCUUUGCGGUGGCCAAGCAUGUCGGCGACGGCCCCAAACACGCAGAGGUCGUCAUGACGCAGCUGGACACCUCGGUGAAGACUUCGAGAAGGGAGAACGCCCAGCGGCAUGAGAACCACUGGGCCAAGGGUCACCUGCGCAAGUGAGCCCCCUCCAACCUUCCCUCCUCUGGAUGUAAGCUUGCAAGCUUCUAUUUCGUUCGGCCGGCGUUAAAGGUGGUAGGUUGCCGCCACCACUUCAGUUGCCGUCGCCGCCGCCGUGGCUCAGCAUCGUGUAACAAGCAAUAACUCUGGACCAACUUGUACCCCUGUGGGGCCCUUGCGGGAUCACAGUGGGGCUGUCUAGGGAGGCGACUGGUUUCCACCGCCGUCCUGCGCUUCGUUGCCCCGUUCGGAGUCCGGCCACAUCCUCGGGCCUUCCGCCAGCCUCCCUCUGGACCACGCACGAGUUGCACUUCGUGCACUUCUUAUCGCCCGCCUGCGUUCUCACAGCCGGCAGGCGCCCCGGGCCAGCACAGGCCUCUGUCAUCGGAGGGG